UUUUACCCCCCAAUAGACUGGCUGGUUGGGUCAUCUUUACCUUCAAGGUUCAGUCCAGACAUUAUUGAAGCAGUCCUAAAUGAGCUCACACCACAAAAUGUCAGAAUCUUUUGGGUUUCAACAAAAUUUGACGGUCAUACAGACUCAACGGAGCCUUGGUAUGGAACUGCAUAUUCAGUAGAGAAAAUAACAAGCUCCACGAUUGAGCAAUGGAUGGAGAAGGCUCCUGAUGGAAAUUUGCAUCUACCUGUACCUAAUAUGUUUGUUCCUACCGAUUUGUCCAUUAAAACUGUCUCGAACAAGAUGAAUUUUCCAGUGCUGUUAAGGAAAUCCCCUUAUUCAAGGUUAUGGUACAAGCCGGAUACAUUAUUCUCCAUGCCAAAGGGAUACAUUAUAAUAGAUUUCAGCUGUCCCCAAUCUAGAAGUUCUCCUGAAUCAAUUGUUCUUACCUCCAUUUUCAUACAGCUGCUGAUGGACUAUCUAAAUGAAUAUGCCUACUAUGCCGAGAUCGCCGGUCUCGGUUAUUGGAUAAGUAGUCACUAUAAUGGUUUCCAGGUGACUAUGACUGGAUAUAAUCAUAAAAUAAGGGUCUUACUGGAAAAAGUUAUUGAUAAGAUUACCAAUUUCAAAGUUGAACCUGACCGAUUCUUUGUUAUCAAGGAAUUGUUCACAAAGCAAUAUCAAAAUUUCAAGUUUCAACAGCCAUACGAACAAGCGUUGUACUACUGUUCAUUAAUACUUCGGGAACACGCAUGGUCAUGGAAAGAUGAACUUGAAGUCCUUCCUAAUCUUGAAGUUGAUGACCUUGUUAAGUUUUACCCUCUGUUGCUAUCAAGGACGUUUCUGGAGUGCUACAUAGCAGGAAACAUCGACUCAAAGGAAGCAAUCUCAAUGAUCCAGCACAUUGAAGAUACCUUUUACAAGGGUGCCCAGCCUCUAUCUCGGGCCCUAUUUGUGUCUGAGCAUCCGUCAAGUAGAAUUAUAAAGCUUGAAGAGAGCACGAAUUACUUCUAUGCUGCAGAGGGCCUAAAUACCUCUGACGAAAAUUCUGCUCUUGUCCAUUACAUUCAGACGCAUCCAGAUGAAUACAUCAAAAAUGUAAAACGACAACUAUUUGUUCUCAUAGCUAAGCAACCAGCUUUCGACCAGCUUAGAUCUGUUGAGCAGCUUGGUUAUAUUACAUCACUUUCACGGACGAGUGAUGCUGGUAUUUGCGGAAUGCAGCUUAUAGUUCAAUCCUCAGUCAAGGAUCCAAGAUAUAUCGAGUUGCGAUUCCAGGCAUUUCUCAAGAUGUUGGAAAGUCAGCUUCAUGACAUGUCAGAUGAUGAGUUUAAGAGAAAAGUCAAUGCUCUUAUUGAUAUUAAGCUCGAGAAGUUUAAAAAUUUAUCAGAGGAAACUAAUUAUUUCUGGUGGGAAAUUUCUGGUGGCACACUCAGAUUUGAUAGAAUUGAAAAUGAGGUAUGAACUUUCUUUUGCCACAUCAAGCCAGUUAUUUCUCUGAAUUGAAUUGAUAGCUAAAAGGAGAUUAUCCUAUGCACUCUUUCCAUUCCAAUUUAAAUUUAUGUCACAUUAUUUCCUUAUUUGUCCAUUCCAAAAAGAAUGAUACUCUUCUAUAUUUGGAAACAAUUUAACUUUAAACUUCCCGUGAUUUUACCAUUAAUGAGAAGAUUUUAUAGCCACACAAAUGUUAUGGUAUGCUUAAGACCACAAGUUUCAAAAGUCUUCUAGCCACACAAUGUUAUGCAAUGUUUACGACCACAAGUUUCAAAAAAUCUUAAUUUUUUUUCUUAAAUUCUGUGCCGAGUCAAACCAACAACAACAACAAACC